AUGGCCAACUCGACGACACAUUCAGCCCGCCGCUACUGUACCGAAGUCACGCCCGAGUGCCCUGUCACGCUCACGACAUAUGGCUACUACCCGAACCUCUCCGUAAACUCAUUCUUCAUCGCCCUCUUCGGCAUCUGCCUCUUUCUUCAACUGGCACUGGGCACGUGGAGGCGAACAUGGACAUACCUGGUCGUUCUUGCCAUUGGCUGCUUCGGGGAGGCGGCAGGAUAUAUCGGACGAAUUAUCAUGCAUAACAACCCUUGGAGUGGUGCAGGAUUCAAGACACAGAUCUGCUGCCUGGUGCUGGCGCCGAGUUUCCUAGCUGCAGGCAUCUACGUAACGCUGAAGCACCUGGUGAUAUACUGUGGAGCGGAAAACUCAAGGCUGAAGCCUCGACUAUACCCGUGGAUCUUCAUCGGAUGCGAUUUCGGAUCAAUCGUUCUGCAGGCUAUCGGAGGCGGCAUCGCAGCGAGUGCGGGCGACCAUGAUGCAGACCCCAAGUUACUGGAUGCCGGAAACGGAUUGAUCGUUGCGGGCAUCGCCUUCCAGGUUGCGACAAUGGCUGUCUGCGGCCUGCUGGUCCUAGACUACUACAUUCGCUUUCAGAAGGCCAAAAAGACGAAAGCGCAAGCCCAUGCCGUGAGCGAGUAUGAGAAGCGGUCCAACGUGCCCAAUGAGGCGCGCAACUUCCGCCUGUUCUGCUUUGCCAUUGGGAUGGCGUACACGACGAUCCUGAUUCGUUGCAUCUACCGUCUUCCGGAAAUGGCUGGUGGUUGGGGCAACGCUCUCAUGCGCAAUGAGACCGAAUUCCUAAUUCUCGAUGGAAUGAUGGUGGGCAUUGCGUGUGUGUUAAUGACUGUCUUUCACCCGGGCUUCUUCUUCGAGCCGAUGAGGAAAUUCAAGAGAAACGGCUCGGUGUCCGGGCCUGGUGUCGACCAGCCGGAGGCAUUGGAAGAGAAACCAUGA